AUGACAAUUGCUCUCUACUAUUUCAAGUCUCUGUUCGACACAAGAAAUCCUCUUGGGCUGUUUAUGGAUGUUAUUCAGCUGGCAAUUCCAAUUAACACGCACAUUUUCAUCAUCUACCAAGCAGCCACUCUCAGGAAGUUUCACCGAAAAGUGUGGCAAUUGUUCAUGAUGGUGGAAAAAUCCCUAAAAGCGUGUGACAUUGACACAAGAAGCAAUUUGGAGAGAUUCUUCAUGAGAUAUUCUGUGAAGUGUGUGACUCUUAUCGUCAUUGCUUGUGGCACAGAAUUAACAAUAAUUGGAUUGAUUGCUGAACAUUCAGAUGGUUGGAAGUGGCAUCGAACACUUGCAUUGGCGCCUUUCUUAGGCAAUCGCCUCUGUCUACUAAUGCUGAUGCUUUACAUUGAACUCUAUCAUAUAUUUCUCACUGUGAUAGCAGAAGAAAUGGCCAAAGUGGUGAAGCUAUCGCAGGCGAACAAUCUCCAAAACCCACUGAAGCAAUUCAUUUUGUAUCACAAGUGCAAGUGUUUCAAGGAAAAUGUGAGCACUCUUUGGUACAUCAUGAAGUACAUCAAUAAAUCCUUUGGAUGGAGUAUAUUUGUCAACAUUACGAUGAACUUUAUCAUCCUCAUUGUGGACUACUAUUGGAACUUCAAAGCUCUCUAUUUGAACACAUCUGCAAGCGAAUUGGCCUCAUUGCUCUGCUCCAUUCCACUCGUGGCUGUUCUCUUGCCAUUCAUCCAAUCCUGCGACAGGUCUUUGCGGCCAAUUGAGUCGAUAAAGCAUCUCAUGGGGAAGAUAAAACUGGACACGGACAAUCAAUACCUCAAUCGCUUCAUCAAGCAAUUCUCCCUUCAAAUCCUACAAUACAAAUUUGACCUUAGCGCCUCUGGAUUUUUCUCCAUCAACUUUGGAUUGCUUCAGGGCUUUGUGAGUUCCAUGACGAUUUAUCUGGUGAUUGUUAUCCAAUUCGAACUGUCUGACCAUUACACCUACUGA